UGAAAAUAGUUUAACGGUUAAAAAUUUGCGUUAUAUGUAUUUUAUAAAAAAAUUUUAUUAAGUAAUUAUAACAGUUUUUCAAUAUUUCAUUACUACAUAACACUUGGCCAUCCUAGCAAUGUCAUAUUGAACAUCCCUGUAUUGCCUGCACGUGCAGAAUAUUUUGGCAUUUCUACCGCUACAAAAAGUGAAUUUUGUGUUUUGUUCAACUUCGUGAGAUAUAAUAGUGAAUUAUACAAUUUAAAUAGCAAAAUGGCUAAAGACAAACCACAAAAAUCAGUAAAAGUGAAGAAAAAUGAUACAACACAAGAUAAAACCAUAUCCAAUGCGCCGUCAACGUCAUCUGCUAUAUGGCAGGAUGAACGUUUCCAGCAUUUGGUCAAUGAUCCACGUUUUCGUGGUAUUCCUAUCACACAGCGUAAAGUGAAGAUAGAUAAGCGCUUUCAGGGCAUGUUUACUGAUGAUAAAUUUAAAGUGAAAUACACCGUGGAUAAGUAUGGGCGACGUAUUAAUAAAAGUAAUUCCGACGAUCUACGCAAAUACUAUGAGCUCAAUUCAUCAGAUACCGAAACAGACGAAGAUGAAAACAACCAACAGAAAACUCAUGUUGAGGAUGAUGAUCAGGAAGCAGAGGAGGAGUUGGAGCGCCGCAAAGAAGAAAAGGCUAUAAUUCGUGAGGAUGAUUCAGGUGAGAGCACCCCCAGUGAAGAGGAGGAAGGUGCAAAUGAUGAGCUUGUUAGCGAUGGCGAGGAAGUGCCCAAAACCCUACGUGAACGUUUAUUGAAUCCAAAUGUUGAUUAUGCGCGUGGCGAAGGCAGACUUGUAACGGAUUCUUCAUCGGAUGACGAGUCCAGUGAUGAAGAUGACGAUCUUGAGGCAAAUAUAGAUCAUGUUUGGGGCGAAUUAGAUCAAGAAGCGGAGACUACAGAGGAGUCUACAAAUAGAUUAGCGGUUUGUAAUAUGGACUGGGAUCGCAUACGUGCCGUUGAUUUGAUGGUGUUAUUUAGUUCAUUUUUGCCACCUGGAGGUAGUGUUUUGAGUGUGAAAAUUUAUCCGUCGGAAUAUGGCAAAGAACGCAUGCGUGAAGAGGAUAUACACGGUCCUACUGAACUUGUUGGGCUUGGAAGGGGCGUAAAUGGUGCGAAGGAUGCAGCUGAAUCUGGCUCGGACGACGAGGGAAUAGUCAAAGAGCAAGACAGCGAUGCUGAGGAGGGCGAUGAGUAUCACAUGGAAAAAUUACGCCAGUAUCAAUUAAACCGCUUACGUUACUACUAUGCCGUGGCAGUUUUUGACAGCAUAGCAACUGCGGACAAAAUUUAUAAAGAAUGCGAUGGCAUCGAGUAUGAGAGUACAGCAACACGUGUUGAUUUACGCUUUAUACCCGACGAUACCACUUUCGACGAAGACGAGCCCACCGAUGUUUGCACUGAUUUACCGGACACAAAUGGCUAUAAACCGCGUCAGUUUACAACAACGGCCUUGCAACAAGCUAAAGUCGAUCUGACUUGGGAUGAGACUGCAAUGGAACGGCAAGAACUAAGCGAAAAACUAUCCAGCGGAAAAUUGAAUGAAAUUAGUGACAAGGACCUGCGGAAGAUGGUUGCAUACAGCAGCGAGGAAGAUGAUGAUAGUAGCGAAGAAGCAGCAGUUGAAGAGGAAAAGCAAAAUGAGACAGAGCUGCCAAACAAAGCAAAGGAAAACCCAAAACGGAAAAAGUUUGAAAUAAUUAACAAAUACAAAGCGCUACUUGCGGAAAUCAAUGAGAAAGAACAGAAAAAGAAGAAUAAUAAAUUUGAAAUGGAGAUAAGCUGGAAUAUAGAUAAGCUAAAGGGUGAAAAAGAUAAGCAGGCCGAAGAAUCCGAGGAUCAAGCGAAGAAACAACAACUGACACCUAUCGAAAAAGUGCUGCAAAAACGUAGUGAAAAGAAUAAACAACGCAAAGAGGAACGUAAGAAAAAGAAAUUGCAAGCGCGUGGCUUAGAUCCCGACGCCGACAUCUCUUCAGACUCGGACAGCAUACCCGAUGGCAUUGAUAUGAACGAUCCCUACUUUGCGGAAGAAUUCGCUAAUGGCGAUUACGUUGAUCCCAGAGCGAAAAAACACGAUAAACUAAAGAAACAACAAAACGAAUUGGAUAAGCAGCUGGCUGCAGAAGAAGCGGAAAAACAAGCAAAGGAGCUGCAACUACUCUUGGACGAUGACGAUUUGGAAGAACAAGGCAAGCAACACUUCAGCUUAGAGAAAAUACUUAAAUCCGAACAAGAAACCAAAUCGAAACGUAAACGACGCAAACAAUUGAAAAAAUCGAAAUCAGCAAUUGCGGAGGAAACGAAACCAGUCGAAGAUAACUUUCAAAUAAAUAUAAAUGAUGACCGUUUCAAGGCUGUUUAUACAUCGGCCAAAUUCAACAUUGAUCCCACCGACUCACACUUCAAGAAGACCAAAGCCAUGGAGUUGAUUAUACAAGAAAAGCUAAAACGCCGACAUGGUGAUGAGGGCUUACGAAACGGUAAUGAUGCUGACGCACCAGAAGUUGACGCAGUUGAAGCCAAACGGCCGAAGAAGCAAUUGGAGAAUACGCUGUUGGUAAAGAGUUUGAAGCGCAAAAUUCUAAUGAAGCAGCAAAAGUAAUUUUUUUGGAUUUGUUUUUGUAAUAUUUACAUAGUUGAAGUUGUGUGUGUGUAAAAAGUUUAGAAUGCAGUUUUAGUAUCAAAAUAUGCUAAAAUAUUUAAGUUUAAAAUAUUAACCUAAAAAAAUGAAAAUAAAAUGUGUCAUGCGAUAUUCUUAAAAAUUAUUUGCCAAAUAUUUUUUUAUGUAUUACCGUGUGAUGAAUGUGUUGUGUUGAGUGCGAGCGCAAGUUGUGAAAAAUAUACAAAAUUUUUAAGUUUUAUUUGUCUAAA